AAAUCACAUCCAAUCCAUUUUUAAACCAACACCCAAAAAAUAUAUUCGGCGACUUUUGUUGGAGUUGAUGGCAGACAAACCCGACCCGUCGGAAAUAACCCAGAUUAUUCACGCAAUCAUCCCACUUUCUGAGGAGAGAGAAAGCCUACCAAUUCCUCAGGAAGAGAGAGAAUGGGGAAGAACCCUUUCUCUUUCCGCCGGAGUUUCUCUCGUCGCCGGAAUCGCAAACUUCCGGCUAUGAUGUCGCCGGAAACCUCGGGAAUUGAAAUUGUUCCGACGCCGAAAACCGAUGAAGUUGCCGGAUCUUCCGCCGACGCUGUUGUCGUUGCGAGUAGUAGUAAAGUGAAGAAGAAGAUGGGAGGUUCGAGGUUAUGGAUGAAAUUCGAUAAGUUUGGUGAGUCGGAAUUGUUUGAGUGGGAUAAGAGUUCGAUUAUUAAGCGUGUUGGGAUUCCGGCGAGAGAUUUGAGGAUUCUUGGGCCUGUUUUCUCUCAAUCUUCUAAUAUUCUUGCUAGAGAAAGAGCCAUGGUUGUCAAUUUAGAGUUCAUCAAGGCCAUAGUAACUGCUGAAGAGGUGCUUUUACUUGAGCCUCUUCGCCAGGAGGUUCUUCCUUUCGUGGAUCAGCUUCGGCAACAGCUUCCUCAUAAGAAUCAGGCUAUGAAUAAAUCAGAACUUGUAAAUGAUCGUGAUAAUAAAGUACGUUCCACUGAGGCGCAGUGGGCACGUACCCCUGAAGCUGUUGAAGGUGAGCAGCAGGAGCUUCCAUUUGAAUUCCAGGUGCUAGAAAUUGCCUUAGAGGUGGUCUGUUCUUAUUUGGAUUCCAAUGUUGCUGAGCUUGAGAAGCAUGCUUAUCCUGUGUUGGAUGAAUUGGCUCGAAACGUAAGUACCAAGAAUCUUGAACGUGUGAGGAGCUUGAAGAGUAAUCUCACCCGCUUGCUUGCUCGGGUGCAAAAGGUAAGAGAUGAAAUUGAGCAUCUUUUGGAUGAUAAUGAAGAUAUGGCUCAUCUAUAUCUUACGAGAAAGUUGAUUCAAUAUCAACAAUCUGAAGCUUUAAUGAAUUCAGCUGCAUCACAUUCCCUUGUCCCGUCACAACAUGCUCUUCAUCGGAACAGCUCUCAUCGGAGUGGAAGUAUAAUGACCAGCAACUACUGGGAUGAUGAUGUUGAAGAUCUUGAGAUGUUACUGGAGGCUUAUUUCAUGCAGUUGGAUGGGACUAGGAACAAGAUAUUGUCUGUAAGGGAAUACAUUGACGAUACGGAAGAUUAUGUGAAUAUCCAACUUGACAACCAGCGUAACGAACUUAUUCAAUUGCAGCUCAAUCUGACAAUUGCAUCAUUUGCAAUAGCACUUGAUACCCUCAUAGCAGGAUUUUUUGGCAUGAAUAUACCAUGUAGCCUAUAUAAUAUAAACGGUAUAUUUGGCUACGUUAUUGGAGGUGGCACUGCCUUUUCUUUUCUGAUUUUUCUCCUGAUUUUAGGAUACGCCAGGUGGAAAAAGCUACUUGGCUCCUGAGUCUUGACCCUGUUUACAUUGUAAUUGUUGUUUAUGACCAUAGAGCAUAGUUAUCUCAAGGUAAAUUGUCAAUUUUAAAUAUUCCAUCAUGUAUAGCAUAAGAACUACCUUGAUGAGGAAAAUGAAACCUCUUACUGGAUAUCCGUCUCCGUUGAACACUGAAUUAUUUGGAAGUUACAUGUCUCUGUUUAUGAUAUAUACUGCCAUUCUGUUGUCUA